CCCAAAGCCACCUGGUCCUCCCCGCAAACAAAAGGACACGCGAAAGCAGAACGCUGUAUUGACUUCACCAAAAGAAUCUGCUCCUCUCUUCUGUCGAAUAAUCUCUUGACAUCUCUCCAAAUCCGAUUAUCGCACCGGAAAUGACGUCGCUUCUGGGUUACCAACCUCAGAAUGAGGGUGUCGGAUAUUCCUUCUCUCAGCCAACUAGUGUUCCCAACAAAGAACACUCCUUCUACCCGUAUACCGACAACGGUGGCUCAACUUUGGGCAUCUCAGGUUCCGAUUUUGCGAUCCUUGCCGGCGAUACUCGUUCCGUUGCAGGAUACAAUAUCAAUUCUCGCUACGUUCCGAAAGUAUUCAAGAUUGGCGGGGAUGAUGAGACUGGAGAGGGUGCCCACAUCCUCCUAGCGGUUGUCGGUUUUGCUGCCGAUGGUCAAGCUCUCAAAGAACGACUUGAUGCCGUGGUGAAGAUGUACAGAUACCAGCAUGGAAAGCCUAUGUCUGUGUCAGCAUGUGCACAGCGGCUCUCGACUAUCCUUUAUCAGAAACGAUUCUUCCCCUAUUACGUGCAGGCCAUCCUAGCAGGAUUGGACGACGAGGGCAAGGGAGCAUUGUACAGUUACGAUCCCGUUGGCUCGUAUGAAAGAGAACAGUGCAGAGCGGCUGGAUCUGCUGCAAGCCUGAUUAUGCCGUUCCUGGACAACCAAGUGAAUUGCAAGAACCAGUACAUUCCUGGAAGCGGAGAAGGGCAUGCUUUGGAGGCGAAGAAGCCGGAGCCUCUCCCAAGGGACACAGUCGAACAGCUCGUGCGGGAUGCGUUCACUAGUGCUGUGGAAAGACACAUUGAGGUCGGUGACGGACUUCAGAUGUUGCUUGUUACAAAAAGCGGGAUAGAGGAGAUUUACCACCCUCUGAAGAAGGAUUAAGGAAACCAUUACCGGUGGUCAUCAAUGUUUUAUUAAUUGGAUGUGAUCAAUCUUCAGUAGAAUCACGAAUAUGUCAAUGAAGGUAUAUCUUUUACACCAUAUCAUAACAUCAGUAGCAUAUCUUAUUCAAUCCCUUAUGUCGUGUGAGCCCUUAACGCCAAUUUCAUCAUGCUGCAACCAAGAAAAGAAGAAAAGAAAACUACAUUUUGAUCUCAUCAGAAACGUUCCUUCAUGCGUGAUGCCACAGUACGCAGGUUACCGUAAACCUUGCCCUGAGGACUACCCAAAAUCAAGCUAACAAUAGCCUCCCGAGCGAUGUGGAUGUUCUUGAAUCCGCCAAGGAUAUGGAUCUUUUGGUCUGCGA